CAAGUUAUUCUUUUUUUCAACAAAAAAAAAAUCUUCAAAAAAAUCAACUUAUUUUCCACUAGGAAUAUCUUUUCCCUCUCUUUAUUUCUGGCCGGCAGCUUAUUUCCUUUUUUCAGCUGUUACAGUUGUUAAUGAGUUGAUAAAUUUGCUUAUUUUCUUGUUUUCAUCUGUAAAGAAGCAAAAAAAAUGGUGCUUCAAACUUCAACUUCCAUGGUGAUUGGAACAUCUUAUGAAACUCCACUUCAUUCUCAACCUAUUUCUUCACCUCAAAACCUUAAUUCUCAUUUCAAUUUUAGGGUUUUUCUAGGGUUUAACUUGCACAGUUUUACCCAAAAACAUAUCUGUAAAUCUCAACCUUCAUCCAAAACUGACCACCCAUUACACAUAAACAUCAAGGUUCUGCAACCCCACAAGCUAAAACUUAAAGGAGAUGAUAAAGAUAGGGUUCUUAUAGGGUUUAAGCUACAGUGUCAUUCAAAGGCUGAAGCUUUACCUUCAAGAACGGUUAUUAAUGGUAAAAAGAAGGGAUAUGGAGGUAUUUUGCCUUCAAUUUUGCGUUCUUUACGCACAGAAAGUGAUGUUGAGAAAACCCUUAAUUUGUAUUAUGGUAAGCUUAGUCCUAAAGAGCAAACUGUGAUUCUUAAAGAGCAGAGUAAUUGGGAAAAAGCUCUUCGGGUAUUCGAGUGGAUGAAAUCGCAGAAAGAUUAUGUUCCGAAUGUAAUUCACUAUAAUGUUAUACUUAGGGCACUAGGUAGAGCUAAGAAAUGGGAUGAGUUGAGACUUUGUUGGAUUGAAAUGGCAAAGAAUGGUGUUUUUCCAACGAAUAAUACUUAUGGAAUGCUUGUUGAUGUGUAUGGGAAAGCAGGGUUGGUGAAGGAGGCUCUUUUAUGGAUUAAACAUAUGAAGUUGAGGGGAAUUUUCCCGGAUGAGGUUACGAUGAAUACAGUUGUUAAAGUUUUAAAGGAUGCAGGGGAAUAUGAUAGAGCAGAUAGGUUUUAUAAGGAUUGGUGUACUGGGAAGAUUGAAUUGGAUGAUUUUGAUUUGGAUUCUAUAGAUAACUCUGAACCUUUUAGUUUGAAGCAGUUUUUGUUGACUGAGCUUUUCAGGACCGGAGGGAGGAACCCGUCUAGAGUUUUAGAAAUGGAGAAAACUUGUAGGAAACCUCAAAUGACUGCCACCUACAAUACUCUGAUUGAUUUGUAUGGAAAGGCUGGUCGCUUGAAGGACGCUGCGAAUGUGUUUAAUGAGAUGUUGAAAUCCGGUGUGGCUUUGGACGCUGUAACAUUCAACACUAUGAUCUUUAUUUGUGGAAGUCAUGGCUACUUGGAAGAGGCGGAAGCAUUGCUGAAUAAGAUGGAGGAAAGAGGAAUAUCUCCUGAUACUAAAACAUACAACAUCUUCCUAUCUCUUUAUGCUAAUGCAGCUAAGAUUGAUAGGGCUCUUCAGUGGUAUAGAAAGAUAAGGAGGACGGGACUUUUCCCUGAUGCUGUGACUUGUAGGGCUAUUAUUCGAACACUAUGCAAGCAAAAUAUGGUCCAGGAGGUUGAAAAUGUGAUUAGUGAAAUUGAAAGUUUAGGUAUGUAUAUAGACGAACACUCUCUUCCUGUUAUUAUGAGAAUGUAUAUCAAUGAAGGGUUGAUCGAUCGUGCAAAGACAAUUUAUGAGAAGUGUCAACUGAAUGGUGGGUUCUCAUCGCCAGCUUAUGCUGCCAUCAUCGAUGCGUAUGCUAAUAAGGGACUCUGGGAAGAAGCCGAGGAUGUGUUCUUUGGUAGAAGAGACAAGGUUAUUCAGAAGAAAGCAAUUGCAGAAUAUAAUGUCAUGAUCAAGGCAUAUGGAAUCGCAAAGCUAUAUGAUAAAGCUUUCUCACUCUUCAAGGGAAUGAAAAGCCAAGGGACUUGGCCAGAUGAGUGCACUUAUAACUCUCUAAUCCAAAUGUUCUGUGGGGGUGAUUUAGUUGACCAAGCCAAAGAGCUCUUAGCCGAAAUGCAAGGAUUGAGAUUUAAACCUUCAUGUUCUACCUUCUCUGCACUAAUUGCUAGUUAUGUGCGCAUGAGUAGGCUUUCUGAUGCUGUUGAUGUCUUUGAUGAAAUGUCCAAAGCAGGUGUAAAACCGAAUGAGGUUGUUUAUGGUACUUUGAUUGAUGGAUUUGCUGAAGCUGGUAAAUUUGAAGAAGCUAUGCAUUAUUUCCGUUUCAUGAAUGACUCUGGGAUUCAAGCUAAUCAGAUAAUCUUGACUUCAAUGAUUAAGGCUUAUAGUAAGCUUGGAUCAGUAGAGGGAGCGAAAAAACUGUAUGAGCAGAUGAAAAACCUGCAUGGAGGUCCUGAUAUCAUUGCAUCUAAUUGUAUGCUCAAUCUGUAUGCAGACUUUGGAAUGGUCUCGGAAGCAAAAAUGUUAUUUAAUCAUUUGAGGGAGAAAGGUCAGGCUGAUGGUGUUACGUUUGCAACCUUGAUUUAUGCAUACAAGAAUAUGGGUAUGCUUGAUGAAGCCAUUGAGAUAGCAGAGGAGAUGAAGCAGUCUGGACUUUUAAGAGAUUGUAUGACAUUCAAUAAGGUAAUGGCAUGUUAUGCCACGAAUGGGCAGCUUGUUGAAUGUGGGGAAUUGCUGCAUGAAAUGAUUAACCGGAAACUUCUGCCAGAUGGGGGCACAUUUAAGGUUUUAUUCACAAUAUUGAAAAAGGGAGGUUUUUCGGUAGAGGCAGUUAGACAGCUCGAGUUGUCUUACCGAGAAGGUAAACCUUAUGCCAGACAGGCAGUGAUAAGUGCUGUUUACUCUGCAGUAGGCUUGCACACAUUUGCAAUUGAAUCCUGCAGCGUUAUCACACAACCAGGAUUGGGACUCCAUCUCUUUGCUUACAAUGUUGCAAUAUAUGUGUAUGGAGCUUCAUCCCAAAUUGAUGAGGCACUAAAAAUAUUUAUGCGAAUUCAAGAUGAAGGACUGGAACCAGAUAUUGUCACAUUUAUUAAUCUUGUAGGUUGCUACGGGAAAGCUGGCAUGGUUGAAGGUAUAAAGCGGAUAUAUGGCCAGUUAAAAUAUGGACAUAUCGAGCCGAAUGAGUCAUUAUACAACGCAAUUAUAGAUGCCUAUAGUGAUGCAGGCAGAUUUGACCUUGCUGAUUUGGUUAGUCAGGAAAUGGAACUCGAUUUAGAUGUGAAGAAGCUUACAGAAUCUGAAUCUGAAGGUGUUGUGGAUGAAGUUUCUGAAGGUGGCGAAGGAGAAGAUUUGGAAGGUUGAUAAACCCAUCAAGGCUUAGUGUGGCCUUGUGCUCAGUAGCAUUCUGGACAUAUCUUAUGUAAUUUGAAUUGACUAGCUUCUAUUUUGUGCCGUUAUAUGUGGCCUUGCUUGUUAUAUAAUUCGAGUUGAGCCUUUUGGGUUGAGUCAGAAGAAUUGGAAGAAUGAGCAUGACCAUGACCAUGUUUGGUGUGAAGGUGGAAGAAGGAAAAGAAGGCAAAAAUGGACAACCAUCUAUUUGUCUUGUUUAUCGACAUCCAAUAUCUAAAAUUGGUUUACUCCAGCUUAUCCUGAUUUGUGUACAGCUUGGCGACUCCUUAGUGGAGUCCUUAUAACUGGAAAACACCUACGAAGAAGCUUAUGAAGUGACUUUGCAGACUGGUUCUGCAUUAGGGGCUCACGGUAUUAAACACGAUGCUCAAAUUGGAAUUUAUGGAGCCAGUUUUCCUUAAUGGAUAGUAGCGACAGAGUUUCACAUUGGUUUCUGCACUGUUGCUGCUGCGGCACCUCCAAUUUUCUUCAAGGGGAAAUUCUUGACGUAAGUUGAUUUAUUAUUUGUUAGAAUGAGCAAUGGUUGUUGGUACAAGACAUUUCUUGUAUUCGCAACCAAUUGCAUCCCCUUCCUUGUUUAACACUGGUAUCUUUUAGGCUAACAUUCUUUGGUUGGUGUACGCUUUUACAUAUGAGUUCAUAUUCAGUAUGUUUGGCCAAACUUUAGUUAUUACAAAUGGUUAUCGAAAAAAAUAUAUAUUUUUCUUAAGAGUGUUAAGUUUAUGUUUGACUAAUCAAUUCGAAAAAUAUUUGUUGUAUUGUAUUUGAAUUAAACCCAAGGAAUGUGGUUGUACUUGUAUAACCAAAAAGUGGAAUAGGGUCCCUUUAGGCACCUAACUAACUAUUUGGUGGUGUUGAAAUAUUGCUUUAAUGUUAAGGCAUAUGGUUUGCCCCUUUCUAUAUCACAUUUGCCAGCCACUAGCUGUCAAAAUGAAAUUUAUAAUUAUAAUUUGUUACAAAAAUAUGAAGAAUAUAUCACCUACACAAUGUUUAAAAACAUAUUAGAAACUUCAAUCAAGAUUCCAACUAGCAACCUCAAAGUGUACAUUGAGGGUCAUACCUGCCUUUAUUAGUGCCCCGUCAUCUUUAAAUCCUUGAUUCACCUCUACUAAAAGAUUUUUCCCAUACUUUUAACACCCGAACCCGACACAUUGGAUUCAACAUAAUAUAUAUACAAGUAGAUAUAUAUAAAUAAAAACUAAAAACCCCAACUUGACAGAAUGUUUCUUUUCAUGCUCCUAAGUUAAGUAUGGCCAAUUGGCUCUAGAACCAUUUGAAGACAAAAAAAUUGAAAACUCAACAUGGGUAUAUUAAUUGGUUGAUACAGACUCCAAAAAAUUGGACCCUCAAUUGCCAACCCAAAUCCAGUUCAAUAUACUAUCAUAUUGGUGGCCCCAACAUAAAUGCAAUUAUCAACUUGUAUUAAUUUCACUUACCAAUUCUUGGUCAAAUAUAAUAUGUUUUUUUUUUUUUAUAUUCUUUCUUUGGAAUGGUAAAGAAGGGUGCUUAGUGUCAUGGACCUUAGAUCUUAGACUUCAACUAACGCUUCAUCGAUAGCUUUAAUUUUAUACCUAAGUAAGAGGAUAAAGUCGCGGAUCAUGACAUUAGUCUAUAAAAAGCACAAAUGCUAUACUUAAGUCUAUAAUAAUAUAGGUGUUUGGACAAUUUUCAUUCUUGAAAAAUACUUGUCUGAAUUAAAAAUUAGCAUACCUACUUUUAUAAAUGAUAUAUUAAUUGCCUAAAGUUACAUUUCAGUAUAUUUUGAAAGUGACCCUGUGAAAUAUGUUGGGUUGGAUUUGGGUAGUGUGGGGUGGGUGAAUAUAGGUAAAUGUUAAUAGUUCUGUCUUUACAGUAAAAAGUUAUCGUCAUGUGAUUAAUAUCACGAAUUCAAAUUUUAAAAAGUAUAUACGAACAAUACUCAAUAGGUUAAAUCAUAAAACAAAAAAUUCAUUUUAACUCUAAAGCGAAAACUCUUCUAAACUAUCGAAUUUAUUUUAUAAUAUAUGAUUGUCCCCAUCAAUAUGUUGGCUAACCAAAGCCUACAUUAAUUUUAGGGACAAUCUUAGUUCUUAAGUCAAAAGAAACCUAUAAAGGAGCCAGUAAAUUAAGUUAGCUUUUCGAUAGUUCUCGUUGAAAUUUGAAAAAAAUUGACUUUUUAUAUGUUGGGAUUAAAAAAAUAUUUUUCGAAAUUUAAAGUUUGUAUUUGAACAUGCCUUUUUAUUUGAAUUUUUUUUUCCUCAAGUUUUGUGAGUAAAAGUUUUUUGAAACUUGAUUUAAUUUUAUCUAAAAUUAAAUUUCAUCAACAAACAACGCCUUCAAUUUAUUUUUGAAAAUCUAUGACUAAACAAGAGCUUAACAAAUAACAAUCAUAAAUAAGAUCCCAUUCAAUUUAAAUUGGAACGUUUUCGUCACUUUCAAUAUAAACGGAAAAGAAAACAAUCUUUUCAGAUCUACUGUAAAAAUGAUUCUCAUAAAUCCCUCUUAGAUUCGAAUGACUCAGUUAGUUUGGAGGUUGAUCUGCGAUAAAUAUUUUUUUAAUGCCUUUUGAAUCGAGCAUAUCACAUAGAACUCGUCUAGUGAGAUUCAAAAUUUCUUGUGUGUUUUGCAUACUAUUAUACAGUUAGAGUUCUAUCCAAUGCACAUAAAAUGCUCACUCGAAGAACAAAGACUAUCAAAAAUAAUAACGACUACCGAUUAUUUUUAAUUUUAAAAAAAAAUAAUGUAGAUGAUGUUGACCAUAGAUUAAAAAAAUAUUUAUCCUUAAAAUUCAAAUUAUAGGUCAGCAAGUGUACCAUGCCACAGUAAUGUCCCAACUGUCUCUGCUUCAACUUUUACAGUACCUUUUUCUCAAUUUCAUCUCUAUAAAUACCUUUCCUUUCUUUAAUAAAACUCAUCAAAUCAAAACCUCAACACUAAAACAUCAAAGUACCAAUUUUUUUCUCUCUCUAUUCCAAAACAUUAUAAGAAAAAAAAAGAUGGUCUGUUUUUGUUUCUUAGUAGAUCAAACAAAACAGGUGUGUAAGAGCAAACCCGUCGCCGGAACAUGUUCACGUUGCGGCGGCGGAGCUAGUGUAGCAGACAUGAAGACUGCUACACGGUUUUGUUAUGUUCCCUUUUAUUGGAAAAAUUGGAGAGCUAUUAUAUGUACAUUUUGUGGUGCGAUUCUUCGCUCUUAUCGAUGAAAUACGUUAUUAGAGUUUCAUAUUGGUCUUCUCUAAUUAUGAUUUUAUUAAAUAAGUCAAGUAAGUAUAUUUUCUGAGGUUGAGUUAGUAUUCUGUCUUUUAACCGGAUUUUAUUAUUAUUUAUUUUGAGAUCGAUUAAAUUUUAGAUGAUUUAGACUAUUUUUAUUUUAUUAAUGUACUAACAGUUGCUAUUGUAAAUAUAUUUGAGAAUUAAUAUUGGAAUUUG